CUCACUACAAGGCGCUCGCCAUGUCCACCGGCGCGCCGCCGCCCCCGCCUCCCGCCCCCGCGCUCACCGUCAUCGCCGGCAGGGGGAAAGCGGUUGGCAGCGACGGUUCGGAGAGGGUUCUGCGUUCGACGCCCGACUGGGGCGAGGGCGCGCUCAACGGGGACCACCUGUGGGUUCCCACGUCUGCCUCUGGGGACUUCUGCUACGUGGGCGACGCCGACUGCUCGAAACACGGCCCGCGGAUGAAGUGCGCGGCGUGCAAGAUCAUCGCGCACACGAGCUGCAUCGCGACGCUGAUGGACCGCGUGCGCUUCACGUGCAAGCCGACUUUCCGCGACGUGGGCGUGCGCCAGUACCGCGAGCACACCUCCAUCCACCACCACUGGGUCCACCGGCGCUCCCAGAAGGGCAAGUGCAAGCAGUGCGGCAAGUCGUUCCAGUCGAAGCUGUCCUUCAGCUCUAAAGAGAUUGUGGCGAUCAGCUGUUCGUGGUGCAAGACGGCCUACCACAACAAGGAGUCCUGCUUCAAUCUUCAGAAGAUUGGAGAGGAGUGUAAUCUUGGAACUCAUGCGGAGAUUGUAGUGCCUCCUUCGUGGAUUGUUAAACUGCCUCGAAGAGGAAGUUUUAAAUCCAGUUUACGAAAAUCUCCAAAGAAAAAGACUGCAAGCAAGAAAAAAAGCAAGGAGAAGAGUGACAAGGACCAAAAGACAUUUGUGAUAAAGCCAAUUCCUACAACAUCUGUGAAACCUGUGAUUGUGUUUAUUAACCCAAAGUCUGGUGGAAAUCAAGGGGCGAAACUGCUUCAGAAGUUCCAGUGGCUGUUAAAUCCCCGGCAGGUUUUUGACCUCACUCAGGGUGGACCCAAGAUGGGGCUGGAGAUGUUUCGUAAAGUUCCUAACCUGCGUGUACUGGCGUGCGGAGGUGAUGGGACCGUAGGAUGGGUUCUAUCAAUACUCGACCAGAUAGCGAUAUCGCCAGCCCCUGCUGUUGGAGUGCUGCCACUUGGUACUGGUAAUGAUCUUGCCAGGGCUCUGGGAUGGGGAGGGGGCUACACAGAUGAACCAAUUUCUAAAAUACUGGCAAAUAUUGCUGAUGGAGACGUGGUUCAGUUGGACAGGUGGGAACUUAAAGUUGAAAAGAAUCCAGAAGCAGAAGCUAAUGAAGAAGGAAAGGACAAUUUGCCUUUAAACGUUGUAAAUAACUAUUUCUCCCUUGGUGUUGAUGCUCAUAUAGCACUGGAAUUUCACGAGGCAAGAGAAGCACAUCCUGAGCGUUUCAACUCUCGCCUUCGGAAUAAGAUGUUCUAUGGACAAGCUGGUGGGAAAGAUCUUUUGAGGCGGAAAUGGAAAGGACUUGCAGAAUUAGUCACGUUAGAAUGUGAUGGUAAAGACAUAACUCCUAAGUUGAGGGAUCAUAAGGUCCAUGCAAUUGUGUUUCUCAACAUUCCAAGUUAUGGUGGUGGCACUCAUCCCUGGAAUCGAGCAGGAGGUAAUGUGGAACCAGCAACUGAUGAUGGCCUUAUAGAAGUUGUUGGACUCACAACAUAUCAGUUGCCUUUGCUGCAAGCUGGUGGACAUGGAACCUGUAUCACACAGUGCAAGUCUGCUCGAAUUGUUACUACCAAGACAAUACCCAUGCAGGUAGAUGGUGAAGCCUGCAAGCUCAACCCUUCAAUAAUCACCAUGACAUUAUUAAAUAAAGCCCCAAUGCUUGCCAAAAGAAGAGGUGGUAAAGCAAAUGUUCAACAGACUGCCUUGGAACAGCUCAAGAUUAGUGUGUACCGAAUUAGUAUGUCAGAUUAUGAACAACACCAUUAUGACAAGGAACUAUUGAAACAAACAGCAAUCUCCUUGGGAGUGAUAGAGGUGAAUCCAGUCUCGGACUUGGAACAAGUCAGAAAAAUGAUUAACAGGCUGCAGGAAGAUGCAACUAGCACCACUGAAAACAACAACCAGUUUGCGAACAAACUGUCACCGGACUGGUGCUUUGUUGAUUCCUGCACUGCAGAGAGGUUUUUCCGUGUGGACCGGGCACAGGAACAUCUCCAUUAUGUUGUUGACAUAGCAACAGAAAAUCUUUAUGUUCUUGAUACUGAAAAUGCAACAGUGCCUCCAACUCCAGAAGAUGAAACAGUAUUAUCUUCACCCAAUGCAAAUGAACACAAACCAAUAGCAAACAAUGUCCUUAGAAUAGAAGGGGCAGGAGGAGAAACCACACCAGAGUUGAGUGAUGGAUCUCGGGAAGAUGAUGGAAAGUUCGAACGUUCAUAUGGAACUGGGGGCUCGCGUGAUGAUGAUGAGUCGCCCAGUUGGAGAGGGCCUAGUGAAGAAAUGCUUAAUGAAGAGCUAGCAGGUGGAAGAGUACCUCGUUCACAUUCAGAUGACAUCAUUAGUAAGCAGAAAAAAACGAGCCCAGAAGAGAAAUAUAAUAUGAGUCUUUCGUCACCAGGGGGGAAUGUUAAUUAUCUUAGCAAUCUGCUGGAAAAAACAACAGAGGGGAUCCUAAAGGCAGCUAAAUUGGGUGAUAUAAAACUGCUCAAAAACCUGCACUCCCAGGGGUAUUCUUUGCUGUCCAUUGAUUCUAAUGGACAGACGGCAUUACAUUAUGGUUCUAGAUAUGGCCACAAGGAUAUUGUGAAGUACCUGAUUGCAUGUGCUCCAGCAUCAAUACUCAACAUGGCAGACAAUGACAAGGGACAAACAGCAUUGCACAAAGCAGCUGCCCACAAACGCCGCAGCAUAUGCUGCAUGCUGGUAGCUGGGGGGGCCUCCCUCACCAUCCAGGAUCGCCACGGCAACACACCGAAGAUGCUAGCACAGCAGGCUGAGGACCACGAGCUGGCUGCCUAUCUGGAGAGCCAGGAACAUUUCCAGUUGGUUGCUGAAGAUGUGGAGACUGUUGUCUGAGACUGUGCUAACAUUGGUUGCUCAAGACAAAAGAAACAAAUGGACCAAGAUUGUUACUAUGGCUUUGAAGAUUGAAUGAAUGUCACUGGACCAAUAAUCAUUAUGUAACUCGAACAGAACUGUGUAGCAGAACUGAAGAGUAGGAAAUUAGAAAUCUGUAUUUUAAGGCUUGGUGAUCUUCAUUUUGCAAUUAGUUUAAAGAAAAUAUAGACUAAAAGUUGAUAUUUCCGCUGUACAGACUUUUAUACAAGUGAAAAAAAGAAAAAAAAACCAAGAUACACAUAUAUUGUUCAUAUUAUAUGAAGAU